GAGUCGACCCCUUCAUCUAUUUGGGCUAUCGUCCCAGGAAUAACCUGUCUCACCCGAAAGACAAUGUGGAAGCUACCACAAGAGCAUUUAGGCCUUUCAUAGCAAGGUGGAGAGCACACGCGCCGUACUCUUUCCAUCCCCUCUCUCACUUUCGACAAGCUUACGAUACCUGAAAACCACACUCGGCAAACAACAUGUCCACCCACGACAGCCUCUGCGAGAGGUUUCUUUGGCCAGCCGUCGACGCAGUGAGACAUGCGCCGUCUCAUAUGAUCCUGCUUGGCAUGCUGGUGCUCCUCAUUCCUGGCUUCGUCACUCUCUACUUGGUCCUACACCUCGUUGCGCCCAAACCACGAGCUCCCUUGCCGUCCGAGAAGACGUAUCUCACAUCGAGCCCCAAUGGUGGAGGCAAAAAGACGGCUCAGCUACCGUGCUGGUAUGACCGCUGGCUCGCCGAGCAGCGACGGCAGCGCCAGGCCAAUCAAGACGCACCGGACCUCGGCCUCAUCGAGCCCGCAGAGGUGGCCAUGAGCGUCGUGGUGCCGGCCUACAACGAGGAGGCCCGUAUACUCCCCACGCUCGAGGAGAUGGUCGAAUACCUCGACGCGCGCUUCGGUCGCGACCCGCCGGCCAACCCGACGCAAACCGCGCUCCUCAGCCCCACCACGCCCAAGCGGCUGGCGUUUAAGAUGCACCAGGCCGUGCCGGAGCCCCUGACAGGCUACGAGAUCAUCAUCGUCAACGACGGCAGUACCGACCGCACCGUCCAGGUUGCGCUCGACUUUGCCCGCGACCGCGGGCUGCACGAUAUCGUCCGCGUCGUCACCCUCGCCAAGAACCGCGGCAAGGGCGGCGGCGUCACGCACGGCUUCCGCCACGCCCGCGGCGAGUACGUCGUCUUUGCCGACGCAGAUGGCGCCUCCAAGUUUAGCGACCUGGGCAAGCUGGUCGAGGGCUGCGAGGAUGUGGUGGACGGUUCGAACCGCGGUGUUGCUAUUGGUAGCAGGGGCCACUUGGUCGGCAGCGAGGCCGUAGUUAAGCGCUCGGCUCUUCGUAACUUCCUCAUGAAGUCAUUUCACUUUGUGCUCAUGAUCUUGACCCCGCCAGCAACCUCGCGCAUUCGAGACACCCAGUGCGGCUUCAAGCUAUUCAGCCGCGCCGCUCUCCCCCACAUAAUCCCGUACAUGCACUCUGAGGGUUGGAUCUUUGACAUUGAGAUGCUCAUGCUGGCCGAGUCGGCCCCGGCAACUCCCGUGCUCGCCGCGGACGGCAGCGUCAUCGGCAUGAGCCCCGGAAUCAAGGUGGUCGAGGUGCCCAUCGACUGGCACGAGGUAGAGGGCUCCAAGAUGAACCUGAUCCACGACAGUAUCAAGAUGGCCAUCGGUUUGGCGGUGCUGAGAGCAAGCUGGAUGAUGGGUGUUUACAGGCGUCGUCUUACAUAGGUACACCGGGAUCAUGAGUGCAAUUUGAGGGGGUUUUUUUUUUAUUUAAAGGUGCGGGAUAUUAUCUCGUUCUUCUUGAUGCUGGAAGGGUAUCUAGCCAUUUAAAACACAAAAAGGGGAUACAUGGGAGAGGACAUUGCAUGGUUUGCUCAAUUAUGGAGGUAUAGAGGCGUUAAAAGAGAUACCACACACUGUUCACUG